AUAAUAAUAAAUAAUAUAAGUAAUUAGAAUUAUUAUAAUUAUAAUUAACGAUUAACUAAUCAUUAAUUAACAAAACCAAUAGAAUGAAAUGACAGUAGUUUUACCUACUGUAUUGAGUUGAGAUCGGGUCGGGUAUAGGGUUACUUGGGUUCGGUUAGGUAUAUGAGAAUGGGAAGAGGAAUUGGCUUAGGAAGAAUAGAGAAAGGGAUCGGGUGAGAGGCGUCAAAUGGGGUUUGGCCAGAGUUAGGAUGCUCGCGAGCUUCAGUUCGACGGGAGGAAAGAGAUACGAGAUCUGGAGGAGUUUGGAUGGGGAAGCUAGAGCAGAGGUCAGGCUAGAAUCAUGGUUCUCCAUCCAUGAGACACCUCCAAUAGCAUAUGUGAAAUUGGAGAUCAUAGAAGCAACUGAUAUGAAGCCAUCAGAUCUAAAUGGACUUGCUGACCCUUAUGUGAAAGUCAAUCUUGGUACUACUAAACUCCAAACAAAUAUUCAAAGAAAAACCCUAUCUCCAAAAUGGUUUGAGGAGUUCAAGAUCCCUAUCUCAUCAUGGGACAGACCAAACCAUUGUUUCUUGAAGUUAUUGACAAGGAUCACAUUUUCGAUGACAUGCUUGGAGUGUGUUCUGUAAACAUCAGUAAAUUAAGGGGUGGACAAUGAUAAAGGGUUGAAUCUGGGGAACAUAAAAAUGGGAAAGCUACAUUUGGCUAUCACUGUAUGUGAAGAUGAGAUGGAAUUAUCAACACCCAAACCAAACACAAAUGUAAAAAACAAGUCUGAAUCAUUUGAAGAACAUCACUCUGCCAUUGAGGAAUUUGAACCCAUCAACAUAGAAGGGCAAGACAAAACAGGAGUAUGGAUACACCGACCUGGAAAAGAAGUUUGCCAAACAUGGGAGCAUAGAAAAGGACGCUCGCAACGUGUGGCUUAGACUGAACUGCUGCCAGAUGGCAACGAAGUUGCCGACAGCACAAGCUCAGAAGCAUCUGGAACUCAAGGUACUGAUGAAAAUAUAGAUGUAAAGAGAUUUCGCCGACAUGGUACAAUAGGGCGGGGACUCCAGAAGCUUGGUUCUUUGUUCCAGAGGUACCCAAAGCAACAAAAUUCAAGUGAGGAAGAGGAAGUUAUUCCAGCUCCACGUUCCAAUAUCAGGGAACUUUACAGUGAGGGGACAGCAGUAAAGUUUAUAAUUGAUGAUAAUCUUAUUGUUGAAACUAGAGAUCACAACAUUAGCCCAGGGAAGAUUGUAAUGGAAAGUCAAGAAAACAAGGCUACAAUGAAGAGCAAAUCCGAGGAAAUUGUUGCAGCUUCUGAGAAGGAUUCUACUCGAUCCAAGCCAAAUCAAACACUGUUGGGGAAAAGUUCAUUGAAUGAUUUCUUACUUUCUGAUGAAGGGUCAAGUAUAAAUGUUUCUCCCUCAAAGAUGAAUUCUAAAUUCUGAGAAGGAUAUUAGGAAAUAAUCUAUCAAUGGAGUAGAAAAUGCAACAGUAACGAUUUAGAUAAAGUGAUGUAAUUAGCACUAAAGUUGGUGUGCUCUUGUUAAUAUUUGUAUGUUUUUUUUUUCUUGGCAUACUCAUGUAGUGACCUUUUCUGUUGUACAUCAGCUUAUUAAGAUUGUGAAUACUAUUCAUUCAAAAUCUGAGUACAAAUACAAAAUUUGUGAUUGUAUAUCACAUUCUUCAA